CUGCAAGGAGCUUUACCUAUAAAACAGCCUAUAAGGCAGAAUCCUGAUUUAUCAGCCUCUGAGGCUGCUAUUGAAUCUGAUCAAUCUCUAAGGCUGAAAUUGAAUCUGAUCAGGCUGCCAGGAAUGGAGCUCACCCACUCUGUAAAUGUUAAUAUUAUCGACAAAACAUGAACUGUCCCUUAUAAUUAUACGCAAAUCAGUUAUGCAAGCUAACAACCAGCACAGAUAACAAGCUAGCUUGCUAACAAGACUACCUAGCUAACUAGCUGGCUUGCUCACAAGACUAGCCAAGUUAGCUGCAUUGUUACUUGCAUGCGAUUUGCUGUAGUCUUUGGAGCAGCAAGCGGCGUAGGAGUCAGAGCUACCUGUUGGGCAUCGUUCAGGGCUUAAAUGUCCCACGAGCAUUGGCGUGUAGGGCAGGCUAAACAUCCGAGAAUACAAAGAAAGCGGCACCAUGGCCGAAAUAUCUCUUUAUCUCACCAACGUGAAUGUGUCUUUGGGCCAAACGAUGGACGUAGAGAAGAGCCCCAGCUCAGGGAAGGACUUUGAGAGUGUGCAGCUGGGAGACCUGGAGAAGGGGGAACAGAAAGAACAAAAAGCCCCACGAAGGAUCAUCCAUUUCUCUAGCGGAGAAACCAUGGAAGAGUACAGUACAGACGAGGAGGAGGAGGAGGGGGAGGACAAGGAACCAGAGAAGGACCUACUGUCCCCCCCUGUCAAUGCGGUGAGGACCAAGCUGACCUGGGGCCCGUACUUUUGGUUCCAUAUGUGGAGAGCAGCUACCUCCACUGUUUCAGCUUGUGACUACCUCGGGGAGAGGAUGGCCUCGCUCUUUGGAAUCACGUCGGCCAAAUACCAGUACGCCAUCGACGAGUAUUACAGGAUGAGGAAAGAGAAGGAGGAGGAAGAUGAGGACAACCGGUUAUCAGAGGAGGCGGAGCAAUACUUUGACGAGAAUCAGGACGAGGAGAUCCAUGGACCAAUGACGGAUCAGCUAGAGGGAACCACUACCAUCCCCCACACCACAGUCACCUAUCAGGUUGAGAAAGAGCCCAAGGCCACACCCACGCCUACUGCCAUCAGGGUCCCAGCCAUUGUCACAACAACAACCUAACUGACUUCUGGAGAGAUGGUUAUGUGUUGUCCAUGUUUGUUUUGUUUUCAUUUGUCAAGGAGGUGGAGGCGCUCUGGGGUCUGUCUCUCUGACAGUGCUGAACGAUGAGUUAUUUUUCGGUUUUUAAAGAACUAAGUGACCGACGUCGGUUCAAUUAUUUGAUCUCCCUUCAUUUCUGGUUUUUCUGUGAGCUCAAUGAGCACAUUGCACAGUUUCUCCAGAGAUACAUCAGAUCCAGACUGAAUUGUGCGAUGUAGUACAGAGUUUCCAACAGGCCAAUAUUCUACAUAGUUUAGUGCAUAAAACGUGGUAAUUAACUACAAUGCCCAUAAUCCACUGCGCAUCUACUUGUCCGGUCUGUGUUGCUUUUACUACUGCUACUGAAGAGAGAAGCAUGCGUGAUUAUGAGGUCAUAUAGAGAACAGCUGUUGUUUUGCGAGGUAUCUCUACCUGAAAAUACAUGAUCUAAGUGAUUGAUAUUGGUAGCAAUCAUUUGGUAUUCAGCAAUCAUAAAAGUAUGCCUUAUUUACUUUUAAGAACUACUAAAAUAGUGAUUUUGUCAGACAGCUUAGGCAGCAGCUCCAUAGAGAUGAGAUGUUGACUUGGAAUGAAA